CAGGACAGGUCCCGCCCCGGGGCCCGCAGCUGAGACCUUGUUCAUGGGUUUUCUUUUCUUUCUGUCGUGCCCAAGGACGCAAAUGACUGCGGGGAAGGCAAGCCAGCGGCCCUAGCAGCUGCAUGUCGUGGGAGCGGUCGCACACCCUAGCUAACCCCAGCUCAGCUUGGCCAUGAACAGAAAAGAGAGCAAGAGGAAAUCGCGGGUGGAAUGUCCCGGCCCCGCCAGCCCCAGCCCCGGCAAGAUCCGCUCUCGGCAGAGCCGGCGUCGAAUGACCUGCCCCACCCCCAGGGAGAUCAACACGGUCAUGGCCAGCCUGGCACUGGGGGAGCUCACCAAGACCUGCAGCCUGGAGCAGCUCAUCGAGAAGUGUCUCAACUCCUUCGACCUGGACGGGAGCCUGUGCCGCAGCGACUACAUGGUGAACAUGACCCUGACCGUGCACAGCUGGGUGGUGCCCUCGGCUGACCUCGCCCGCUGCCUCCUGGCGCUCUACCGGGAGGCGUCUGGGGAGGAUCAGAUGGAAAGACGCCAACGGAUCUGCAACUUCGUCAGGUACUGGACCACGCAUCACCCUGAGGCCUUUCGCCUGGAGCCCCAGCUGGAGGAGACCAUGGGCGAGCUCUGGCUGGCCGUGCAGGCCAAGGCCCAUGGGCAGUGCCAGCCAGCCAACAUGACCCAUGUCUGGACCCGCAAGGUCAGCUACCAGAGCAGCCCCAGCUGCAGCAAGAAACGGAAAGUGUCUCUGCUCUUCGACCACCUGGACGCAGCGGAGUUGGCUGAGCACCUCAGCUACCUGGAGUUCAAAGCCUUCUGCCGCAUCUCGUACGUGGAUUACAGGAGCUACGUGCUGCAGGGCUCCGUGCGGGAAAACCUGGCCCUGGAACGCUCCGUGGCCCUUUGCAACAGCAUCUCCCAGUGGGUGCAGGUCAUGAUCCUCAACCGGCCCACGCCACAGCAGCGAGCCGAGGUCUUCACCAAAUUCAUCCGCGUCACACAGAAGCUGCGUCAGCUGCAGAACUUCAAUACGCUGAUGGCAGUGCUGGGCGGCCUGUGCCACAGCACGAUCUCCCGCCUCAAGGACACCCACGCCCUGCUGCCACAGGAGGUCACCAAGACGCUGGCGGAGAUGACCGAGCUGCUCUCCUCCUGCUGCAACUACAGCACCUACCGGCGAGCCUAUGGCGAGUGCAGCGGGUUCAAGAUCCCCAUCGUGGGGGUGCACCUCAAGGACCUGGUGUCCCUGCACGAGGCCCUGCCCGACCGCCUGGGAGGGCAGCUGAACCUCAGCAAGCUGCAGGGCCUUUACCAGCAGGCACAGGAGCUGCAGACGCUGCAGCAGGCCACACCGCCCUUCGCCGCCAACAAGGACCUGGUGCACCUGCUUACGCUCUCCCUCGACCUGUACUACACGGACGAUGAAAUCUACGAGCUCUCCUACGCACGGGAACCCCGCUGCCCCAAGUCCCUGCCGGCCACACCCUUCAAGCCCCCCGUGGUGGUGGAGUGGGCACCAGGCGUGGCCCCGAAACCGGACCGGCUCACCAUCAGCAAACACGUCCAGCAGAUGGUGGAGUCUGUAUUUAAGAAUUACGACCACGACCAGCGCGGCUGCAUCUCCCCCGAGGACUUUGAAAAGAUUGUGGCCAGUUUCCCCUUCUCCUACUAUGGCCUGGGGAAAGACCGCAGCGAGGGACCCUACAGCCGCCAGGAGAUCACCGACUACUUCAUGCGGGCCUGCGCCAUCUUCUCCAAGCUAGGCCUCGGCUUCCUGCACGACUUCCAGGAGGCCACCUUCAAGAAACCCACCUUCUGCCACAGCUGCAACGGCUUCGUAAGUGACCCUGUUCCACAGUGCCCCCAGCAGCCAGGACAGGGGUGCCCCAAAUCCCAGACCUGCCAGAGAUCCUGCCCCUUAGCAGCCAGGACAGCGGUGCCCCAAAUCCCAGACCUGCCACAGACCCUGCCCCCCAGCAGCCAGGACAGCUGUGCCCCAAAUCCCAGGCCUGUCAGAGACCCUGCCCCACAGUGUCCCCUCGCCCAGUGGCCAGGAAAGGGGGUGCACCAACUAUUGGCUGCUCUGCGGAUCCCUCGCCCCAAGAAUCCUGCCCCACAUCUCUCCCAGGGGGCAGCAGUGGGGGAGGUUACCCUCCCCCACCCAACUCCCCCUAGUCAUCCCCUAUAUUCAUGGACACUGCCAACGUGUGUGGGGAUCCAGCCCCAGCAAUCUCCCCCAUUGCAAAAUCUCCUCCCCCCUCUACAGGGACAAUACAACUCUCCCCCUACCCCGGAAAAGGCUGCAGCUAACAGGCUCCGCUCUCUCUCCUCUAGCUCUGGGGUGUCUCCAAGCAGGGGUACAGAUGUCGGGGUAAGUGCAGCCCUGAUGGGGCGAUGUGGGGGAAGAAUGCCGGUAACAGGGCUAGGGAGGGGCAAUGGGCCCAUGGGACUAAGCAGCCCCCCACGUGUGGUGUGUGUGCCUGUCCACCUGAGCACUGCCCCCUGCUGGCUGGAGAUAGCACUGCACAGCUGUGUGUCCUGAGCCCUGCACUGCUCACUACGGAGAGGGAUUCUCCUGGCACUGCAGGGGCUGGGUUCCCCCUUGAUGGGGGGGUAAUGCCAGGCACCCCAGCU